UGGCAGAGGAGGGAGGGGGCGGUGAGUGAGUGAGGAGUGAGUGAUGGGGGAGAGGAGAGCCCGGCAGUAGCCCUCGGGGGCCGGAUGAGUGGAGCCCGGGUGUCCCGGCGGUGGCGGGGCAGGAGGAGGGGGCGAAGGAGGUGGUGGCUCUGAGGGGACAGAGGGCUUGGUUGGAGCCCUGAUCAUGGAGAUCGAGAACAUCGUGGCCAACACGGUGCUGCUGAAAGCCAGGGAAGGAGGGUGUGGCAGACGGAAUGGACGCAGUAAGAAAUGGAAGGAGAUGCUAAAGUUACCACCUCUCAGUUAUUGUGAAGACCUUAGACGUUCAAUCGAAAAAAACUAUAACCAGCUCUGUGACAAGCAGCCAAUAGGGAGACUUCUCUUCAGACAGUUCUGUGACACUAGGCCAGAUUUGAAGACAUGCAUUGAAUUCCUGGAUGCAGUGGCCAAGUAUGAAGUGUCUUCAGAUGAAAAGCGUAAAGAUUGUGGUCUGAAAGUUUUAGACACAUACUUCACUAACUGGUCUGCAGCCCACUUACCGGAAAUACCUCAGGAUACAGUGAAUGAAUGUAAAACAAGACUGGAGCAGAACCCUUGCAAAGAUCUUUUUAAUGACUGCACUAGGAUUGUCCAGGAUUAUUUAAGUGGAGCACCUUUUGAGGCUUACCAACAAAGCAUCUAUUUCUCCCGUUUUUUACAGUGGAAAUGGUUGGAAAGGCAACCAGUAACCAAGAACACAUUUAGAUAUUACCGAGUACUGGGCAAAGGAGGAUUUGGAGAGGUAUGCGCUUGCCAAGUGCGGGCAACAGGAAAAAUGUAUGCUUGUAAAAAGCUAGAAAAAAAGAGAAUCAAGAAGAGAAAAGGAGAAUCAAUGGCAUUAAAUGAAAAAAGAAUUUUAGAAAAAGUGAAUAGCAGAUUUGUAGUUAGUUUAUCCUACACCUAUGAGACUAAAGAUGCCCUAUGUUUAGUAUUAACCAUUAUGAAUGGAGGGGAUUUGAAGUUUCACAUUUACAACAUGGGAAAUCCUGGCUUUGAUGAAGAAAGGGCUGUUUUCUAUGCUGCAGAGCUCUGCUGCGGCUUGGAGGACUUACACAGAGAGAGAAUUGUUUACAGAGACUUGAAGCCUGAAAAUAUUCUCCUUGAUGACUGUGGACACAUCAGGAUUUCAGAUCUUGGAUUAGCUGUGCAGAUCCCAGAAGGAGAAACAGUCCGAGGGCGGGUUGGAACAGUUGGAUACAUGGCUCCAGAAAUCCUCAACAAUGAAAGGUAUACAUUCAGCCCUGACUGGUGGGGUCUUGGCUGCCUAAUUUAUGAAAUGAUUCAAGGACAAUCACCAUUCAGGAAGCGUAAGGAAAAGGUCAAACUGAAUGAGAUAGACCGAAGAGUGAAGGAAGACCAGGAAGUGUACUCGGACAGAUUCUCAGAGGAGGCAAAAUCCAUCUGCAGGAUGUUACUUGCCAAAGAUCCAAAGGAACGAUUGGGGUGCACUGGAGAUGGAGCUGCUGCUGUAAAACAGCAUCCCAUUUUCAAGAAUAUUAACUUCAAGAGACUGGAAGCAAACAUGUUAGAACCUCCGUUUUUACCAGAUCCACGUGCAGUGUAUUGUAAGGAUGUCUUGGAUAUAGAGCAAUUCUCCACAGUAAAAGGAGUGAACCUGGAUACUACAGAUGAUGACUUCUAUUCCAAAUUUGUUACAGGUUGCGUCUCAAUCCCUUGGCAAAAUGAGAUGAUUGAAACAGAAUGCUUUCAAGAGGUCAAUAUAUAUGAACCUGAUGUCACUUUGUCACAAGACCUAGAUAUGAGCAAAGAUACUCCUAGACCAAAGAGAGGCUUCUUUCACAGACUCUUCAUGGGAGGGGUAAAAGUCUGUUUUAAAUCUGGUUACAUUGAUGAUGAAGAGGAGUUCUCUAGACUCUAAAUCAGAGAAUUGUAGCCAAAAAAUAAAAGGAUGAGUGAACUCUGAAUGUUUUUAUCUAUGUAAAGUGUAUUAUAAAUGUAAAAAAUUAUGUAUGGGCUUACAGAUAUUGUAUAUUUGUACUUUAGUUUUAAGUGUCAAGAUGUAUAUUUUCACUAAAUCUUUAUUGUACAAAAGCCAAGAGUGCCACUUAAGUGUAAGCAUGUAUGUGUGAUAUAUUAUGUAUUUUAAUUGGAAUGAAGCUGGAAAUGCUUAAAGGUUUUAAAGUACAGAAACUUAUGCUAUCUAUGAUAUGGAUGUUACUUGGCUUUGGGGAUUAUGUUGUUGUUGUUCCUGGCAACUCUACUGAAAGGCACUGUUUCUUAUUCCUCAGAAUAUUAUUUAGGUUUGUUCUCAACAGCAGACUCGUUAUACUGAUUAGUAUUAAUAUUUCUGGUGUAAAUAGCACUUCAUUUCUGUUUGCUGUCAGAUUGCACUCUAAUAUAAUUCCCAAGUCAUUUAAAAUGAAACUGCUAGGAAAAGAAGGAAUGAGUUCAGUGCACUGUGACCAGUUUCUGUAAAAUACUUUUUACAAGUUGGGAUUUAAAGACUAUUUGUUUGUCUCAAGUUGUUCCUGUUUUGUAUAUUGUGUGUAAUAUGUAAUGCCUUAUUUUUUAAACAAACUUAAUUUCUCCAAAUGUUGAUAUCAGGAGACAGUAAUAGAUUUCUGACUAAGUAUAUAUAUUUUCCCCCAUUUAUCAGAAAGAUAAAUGGUUUCUCUGUAUCUUUUUAGAAUAAUUGCCUUUCUAUUCAUAUCUUUGUCAGGAGUGAACACAACAGGAAUUCCAGAUUUUUUAGAAGUAGUCAUUUAUGCUUUUGGUCCAUAGCUUUUCCCCAUCCCCACUCUAGCUAUAGCUUAUCUGAGUAAGGCCUUUGUCUACACUGGAAUCAGAACCAUGCCAGCUAUACAACUUGACUAUGUUUUGAAUGUUUCAUGGUUAUUGCUAACGGAAUUUUCCUAAGCACUGUGGACAGAACUUUUUUCCCUGAGAUUGUUAGCCAACUCCUUGCUAUAGGGUUUCAUUUAUAGCAAGGGUUGGUAAGUUGGAAUCUCAAAAAAUGGUAUGAUCUGAUCUACCACACAAUACCUCCUUGCUUAUUGCUAUUGUAGAUUCUUACAUUUUGGUUACAGCAUUGUCUGUGAUCAUGACUACUGAGUAAAAAUAAAACUAAUAAUUAAGAAUCUUUCUGUAUGAACUCUUAAACUCAUCAAAAAAGAAUAAUUUCCUAAGAACCAAGUCCCACUGAUAUUCUUUCUUAAAGGUGGAACUGGUACUGCUGCCUGUAGAUAUGAUUGCUCAAGACUUCCCAUUAUAAGACCCAGUUUUUUGUUGCUUAUAACUUUGCCAAAUUUUAUCCUGCUUGGCUGAAGCUAUCCAUCCCAGAUGUCUGCCUGACUCUUUCUACCUACCUACUAAAAUUGUUCAGAUGUUUCUAAGAUCACAUUAAGGUCCAAACAACACAUUUUGCCCAUGUUAAAAAUAUUCUUACAACUAUUUCAUUGAGAGUCUGUAAUGCUUCCACACGUUGGAUCAGGAACUUGAAAUUUGGGCAGGGGAGUUUACCCCGAGUCAGGGGUGUGCCUUUACCAUCCCCAGAAAAACCUGUCCAAAUUUGACCAAGUGAUAAAACCAAAUUGAAGUUUGUGCAUACUCAGAGACUUGCUUGCCAGCUAAAUUUUCUGAAGAUUCCAUCUGCACUGAGCAUGCUCCAUUCCCCUCACAGCUUCUGUGUGACAACUGCACUGCAUUUAUGCCAUUUGCACAGAGCAACUGAGCAUGCUUCAACCCAAGGCUCAGAACAGGACUUUUCCUGCAAAUGCUGCUCCUGGCUGCGCGGGGUAGUUGUAACCCAUAGGCACAUGAUCUGAGAUCAGGGAGACUCUCCUGUGCUUUCAAUAUUCCAAUUGCUGGCACCCAGGUAGUAUGGAGAAGGAGGAAAUGGCCGCAUUGGAAUGCACAGAAGUGGGAAAUGGGGCAAGAAAGAAUGUGAGGGGGUUGCAGGAACUAGAGGCUUGGGGAAGCAGAGGAGGAGUGGGACAGGAGCCAGGGGAUGGGAGGUUGGAUUGACUCAGAUGGAGAAUGAGCAUGAGCUGGAAUGGUGCACAUAAAAGCAGAGGUAGACAGAGGGACUGGGGUAUAGGAGUAAGGGCAUAUCCACUGGAGAAUUUGGGACAUUUACCAGAUAGAUAACAGUGGUAUUGCUUCUCUAAUUUGAUUAAUAUAAAACUUCUGGUGUUUAGUGUAGUGAUACAAAGGUAACAGUAACAACAGCGGACAUACGGAGUGACAUAUGGACUUAAUAUCAGCUUAGAGCAAUUUGGGCAAGAAUCCCAUGGCCCCAGCCUGAGUGGUUUUAAAUGAUGAGACCACAGGUAUCAGCUUUAAACAGAUUAAAGAAAAUAGUAUAUUUUUAUUUGCCAUGCAUGUCAAGGAUAUUAUCUUUUUUAUAUAGACAAUACCUUAAUUAGGAAAUCAACUACUAUAACACCCUUAGUCUAUCUAAUCUAAACAGAAAGUUCUAUUUCCAUAACACAGGACAGCAGCUAAUGAAAUAAGAGUGCUAAAAAUUUUGGAGAACUGAAAGAUUUGCAGAAAGUACACCAGUGACUUCUUAUAACUAAUCCACAAUAAAUAGCAAGUGAUCACCACCCUUCUCAAUAAUCCGAGUUCUUAGUCAUUACUCACCUAAGUACAGGAAAACAAUGCAAGAUGCAUGCAAGGCUUCCAUUGACUACAGUGAUGGCUGCAUUUUUUUGCCAUGAGGGAGUCAUAGAUUUUUAACAUUAUAUCCAUGAUUUCUGAGACUUUGGGUUGUAGAUAGGUGGAUGUAAUAAUGAACAGUUGAAUCAAUUUUACUAAGAACUUUAAGUUUUAAAUUUGAUGACUCAAUCUACAAAGAGAGGUAGAGACAGAUGGAAAUCCAGUACUGUAGAGGGAUCUGUACAGUGCUUCUGUCCCUGCUGCCUUUGCAGAGACAAGCAAAUUGUGCCAUAAAGGCAGCAUUAGAGUCUCUUGCCUGCCCAUCUUCCCAUGCUACUUCUGUGCACUGAGGGCCUGAUCUUGUGCCAUUUAAGUCAGUAGAAGUUUUACUGAUGACUUCAGUCGGAGCAGGGUUGGGGCUCUAGUGGGAAAGCAAGGGAAAAUGGUUCUAAAUGGUUUUACUUUUAUGUCCUGUUUCUAUAAACACUUAUGCAUAUGCUAAGCUUCCGAGUUUCCCCACUGGGACUGCUCAAAGCAGUAAAGUUAAACAUAUGCAUAAGUGUUGCCAAGAUUAGGGCCUAGGUCACGUUUCAGUGAGUUUAAAUUGACAUUUUGUGACAAAAGACAUUAAUUUGUCUUUUUGCCUCUUAUUAAGUGAGCAGUCUGACUUUGGGGUUUUUUACCAUGGCAGAGCACUAGCCUCAGCACUUUAUAUAAGGAAUCAGUAAACUAAAACUGUCACCAUUGCGAACAUCUAAGAUAGUAAAAGUAACUAAGAAGACAUAAAACAUGACCAAAUACUAGUGAAGAGAUAUUGCCUAAUGUGAUUCCAUUCAUGAAUUAGAAAGCCACAAACCAUAAGUAUAAAUGUAACCCGUUUACAUAUGGUACAUUGAUAUUAUCAUCUUCCUCUGUUAUCAUGAGGUAGUAAUAUUGAUUAAUGUUCUCAUUGAAUCGCUUGUUUUAACACUUCUUGGAGGUAAAUUUUGAAAAGCACUGAAGGCAGAAUACUCAUGGUGUGGUAAAUUAAAAUUUUUUGCUGUGAACGUUGCCUUGAUUUACAGCUCAUGCAGUAUGUAGAACUUCAUGACAAAUAAAGGAGGGAAGGACUAAAGAGUUCUGCUUGUUUAUAUGAACAUAUCCCUUUAGCUUUUACCAUGAAGUUGUACAAAAGCCAAAGCAAAUUCCAAUCUUACACUGUUGUAGAUUAGGAGUAACUCAAGGAGUAAUGAGUGAGUUACUUCCAUGUAAAGCUGGUAUACAUGAGAUCAGAUUCAAAACCCCUGUGUUACUCACCAGGCUAUAAUAAUGGCAAGCUACGUAUCUAAAAUAUUGGGCCUGAUUGUGUUCUUCUAUUGUGUAAUUGAUUUCAGCAGAGUUACACUAGUGUGAGAAAAUAAUCAGUUCGCUCUGUCUUUGUUUUGUGUUCUCUAGUGUUUGUCCCUGUAGGUCCUUAAUUUCUUAAUGUCCAUAUGCAAAUAUACAUAUUUAGCUUGCAUUUUCAAAGCAGUGAAAUAAUGUGCUAGUAACUCAAAAGUUGUCAUUAUCCUAUCCUGUGAUCAACAAAAUGGAGUCUUUAUGUCUCAGGCUGUUUUUGUUUCUAUAAAGAGUUCUUCUGCUUUUUUGUUGUUAGUUGUUGAUAUAGCACUAUAUGUCUAUGUUCACAAUACCUAUACAAAAGUCUCCAUUUAAAAAGUCAGCACUUAAAAUUACUGCACCACAGUAUAUGAAAACAUUGUGGUAUCUCAGGUAACAUAAUGUAGUAGCUAUUGGUGAAUGCUGUGUAUUUUCCUCAAGUUCGUUAUAAGCUUUAGUUAUGCAGCCCUAUUCCCAUAUAUGUAAGAGAAUUGCUUUAGUUCAGUGGAAAACUUGACUAAUUUGAGAAACCAGGCAUAGACUUUCCAGAAAAUAAUACAUACUGACAGUGAUUCUUAAAGGGUGAAACUAAUUAAAGUGUGCCAAUUGGUUCCAAUGUGGUAUUUGUUGGGACUGCAUUAUAAAUGCUGAAUCCAACUUUGCACAGUGUAGAGAAAUUUCACAUUGGGUCACUAAUGAAAUCAAAAAGUACUGUUCACACGAUUCUAGAAACAUGUCAACAGAGACAUUAGAUCUUUGUUUUAGUUCUGUAACAUGAACUUAAUAUUAAGUGAGCAACUGUAUGAAGAGCUGUAUUUGUUUGUUUCCAGAAAAACUCGAGUAACUUUCUUUUGUUACACAGUUGACCUAUCAGCACAACAGCUUCUUCUAAUACAUUAAUAGAAGCAACAUUAAACUGAAUUCUGGUUCUGUCUGACUUGAAUGAUCUGGAUGCUUUCUGAUGGUAAUGUUAUCUCUUAUGAAUGUCUGCACAAUGUCCAUAUUUAUUGUAUUGUCCACAUGGAGAAAUUUACUAUGUUUUGAGCACGUGUAGGUAGCUCUCCUUUCUUCUUUGUAUAAUGAUGUCAAUAUAUCAGAAUUAUUGUUCAAAGUAUAACCAUUUUCAUUGCUAAAUGUGAGGAACAUAAGUUAUAAAAGUGUCUUCCAACCACUAAAGUGUUCUUGUAUCAGCAGCUUUACGUUCUAUCAAGCAUUUUUUAUUAUUGAAAUAAAAGCAAAACACUGCCACAGAAAUAGAUCAUAUGUCCUGCAGUCUCAUCUUUUGCUCUAUGUAAUGAGUCUUCCAUUGGAAGCAGGGUGGAUAAAAUAAUAAUUUUUAAAUCAAAUCAAUUUUAAUAUAAUUAGAUUUUUAUUUACAUAUUGGUAGGUCUUUAGCAAUUUAAGAUAUCAAAUUGGGAAGAAAGUGAGCAUUGUGUACUUGUUUGGUUUCCAAUUGUUAGUAGAAUUUCAGAUUUUACAGAGACUU